GUAUAAUUUUCAGGGGUACAGUAGGCAGCGGUAUUAUUUUUAGGGGUACAUUAUGCAGCAGUAUUUUCGGAGAUGCAGUCUGUGACAGUAUUAUUUUCAGUGGUACAGUUUGCAGCAGUAUUAUUUUCAGGGGUACAGUAGGCAGCAGUAUUAUUUUUAGGUAUGCGGCAGUAUUAUUUUUGGAGAGUCUGUGACAGUAUUAUUUUCAGUGGUGCAGUAUGCAGCAGUAUUUUUUUCACGGGUACAGUAGUCAGUGGUAUUAUUUUUAGGGGUACAGUAUGUGGCAGUAUUAUUUUUAGAGAGUCUGUGACAGUAUUAUUUUCAGUGGUGCAGAAUGCAGCAGUAUUUUUUUCAGGGGUACAGUAGGCAGUGGUAUUAUUUUUAGGGGUACAGUAUGCGGCAGUAUUAUUUUUGGAGAGUCUGUGACAGUAUUAUUUUCACGGGUAAAGUAUGCAGCAGUAUUAUUUUCAAUGGUCUAGUAGGCAGCUGUAUUUAUAGGGGUACAGUAUGCAGCAGUAUUAUUUUCAAUGGUCUAGUAGGCAGCUGUAUUUAUAGGGGUACAGUAUGCAGCAGUUUUAUUUUUAGGGAUACAGUAGGCAGCUGUAUUUAUAGGGGUACAGUAUGCGGCAGUAUACAGAAAAUACAGGAAACAGUAAAUUUACAUCCUCCAGAGUUCAGUCAUUUUACCUAUAUCCUUCAUGGCACUGCGGCCAAUAGGUGUGAACCAGGCUUUAGUGCUUAGCUCGGACCUUUACCAGUGACAGACCUGGAUGAGCGGACCCUCACUAAAAAUAUUUUUAACUUAAGAAGUUCUGACCUCGGGAUCACAUCUACACGCCUCUGUGCUUCCUGUACAAUCUCCCUUGGGUAGCCUUACUCAAGUAGUCGCAUCUGCAGAUCAUCUGCCUGCCUUUGAAAUAUACGAUGGGCUCCCCCGUGCAGUAUUCACCAGUGUCUCGUGUGGUAAUCUUUGGAGGUACACACGGCAAUGAGAUGUCAGGCGUCACUUUGGUUAAACACUGGAUAAAGAAUCCUUCUGAACUGCGGAGAAAAACGUUUACGGCUGAAGCAUGCCUGGCAAAUCCCCUUGCUGUGGAGCGAUGUGUGCGAUACAUUGACACAGACCUUAAUCGCUGCUUAUCAGAGGCGGUACUAAGCGCACCAGAAUCGGAGAGUGAUCCUUACGAGUUUAAGCGGGCAAGAGAACUGAAUCAGAAGUAUGGCUCCGGGUCAAGUCAAUUUGAUUUUAUUUUUGAUUUGCACAACACAACUUCUAACAUGGGGGCCACAUUUUUACGUUGCUCAAAUGAUGAGAUCUUAUCAGAACAUAUGGCAAACUACUUAAAGAGUAGAAGUGGGAGUCAAAUUAUGCCAUGCUACAACUUCCUCAUAGAUGUACCAAAGAAGGAUAAUGUUUACCUCCAGAAUAUAGGAAAGCAUUCACUGUGUUUAGAACUUGGACCUCAGCCUCAUGGAUUGACCAGAGCUGAUGUAUUGACUAGGAUGAGAGAGCUUGUGAACUAUGGCCUGGACUUUCUUGACCUUUUUAAUCAAGGGAAGGAGUUUCCAAGUUUUGAUACUGAUCAAUAUAGAGUUUUGUCCAGAGUGGAUUAUCCACGAGAUUCUGCUGGGGAAAUUUCUGCUUUCAUACACAGUGGGCUGCAGGACAAGGAUUAUGUUCCUUUAAAGAAUGAAGAUCCUAUUUUCACAACUCUUGAUGGAGAAGAUUUGCUCUACGAAGGAGACAAAGUGGUUUAUCCAACAUUCAUUAAUGAAGCGGCGUAUUAUGAAAAAAAAGUAGCGUUCACCCUGACAGAAAAAGUCAGAUGGAAAGUCCCUGCUUUAAAACUGGGAACCUUAGCAGACUAUCAAGGGUGUCCAAAUUAGGUGCCAUUGUGUUUCUGAAGUGCCAGCAUUGCAAUAUGUAUAGAAUAUCCAGAUUUUCAAUUCAAGCCAAAGAUAAUGAUUAAAUAUUUUUUUGCCAUAUAUGAUAUUUAUUCUGUGUUAUGCUAUGCCAAACUAUUGUUUCACAGGUAUUUGACACUGAAAUUUUCUCUAUGCUUAAUUUAGUUAUAAAUGUGUAGAUUUACUCUUUUAUGUCAGUGAGGGCUGUGUUCUCUCUGUUUCAUGGUGCUAGUGACCUAAACUUUAAUUUUUAGCUAAACGUAUUUACAAUGUAUGAUGCCUGUACAUAAAAAACAACACCUUAUGAUGUACAAAUGGCAACACAUUGCAUUUAAAACACAUUUAGGGAGGAAUGUACCAGAUGUCCAUGUGGACAUGGACAUCUGGUGCAUACAAAGCGAAAGGAGACCUCAAGCAAUACACAGCACAACCGGAGUAUCUGCCCAUCUGAUGCAACGCAAAGUCAACUGUGAACAGUGCCUUAAAAAAGCAAGCAAUGAAACCUAGCAACCAUAUGUACAUAAUAACACUUCCUGCAAGAGCGACAAAAUAGCAGGUUAAAGUGCAAUGCUUUUGGAUCAUCUGAAUAAAUCAAUAGUGACACAGUAAUUAAUUAUAAAAAUUUAGAUCAUGUGUGAUCAUGUGUCUACCUACUUGUCAUUGACACGUGAUGUUUUUAUGAGUUGAUGAUUUUUCUAGGCCUCAAGUCAAGUCUGCAGCCACAGUCAAUUGUAAGUAAGCUACAGUCAUAGCUUUGUCAGUCAUCAUUCAAGUCAAGUCAGUCCCUCUCAGCAACUGUCAAGUCAGGGUGGCCUGCAAUAAAUUGUCCAGUCCUACUACAAGUCACAGCAAGCCCUUAAGGUCUCUGAGUCCCUGGUCACCUCCGUGGGCCCUGGCUGAAGUGUAUAGACUUUACCAUCUGUAUAGACUUUACCAAACCUACCGCUAUCCGUAACUUGGCGUCAGAGUCAUUAUUGCCCCCAUGCCUAGCCCAGGAUCUAGCGGUAUACCUUCAGAUGUUAUUGAGAAUAAACCACGCCCUGGCAUCACGAAUACAAGGGGUUAAUGCCAUCUGCCUCUACGGUAACAGCAUCUGCCCUCAUCACACCCCGUUACCACAUCUCCAAAGUGUCUCAGGAGCUGUCUUUCAACUCAACAAUGCCAGACCACAUGUGUCUCAAGUUACUGUAAGCAUUAGGCGUGGCCUAAAUGUGCAACUAUGGCCUGCAGUGUUUAUGGACUUGUCUCUCAUCGAGCACAUCUGGGAUGUCAUUGGUCAGCAAUUGCAUAAGGAGUUGACAGCAGAGGAUCUUGAUGAUUUGCAUGCCCAAGUGCACUCACCGUGGCAGAACAUUCCUCAGGCAACCAUUGAUAACCUCCUUUCAUAGCAUGCUAAGGCAUGCAAAUGCAUGUAUUUCUAUGUGUGGUGCUCAUACUCCAUACUAAAUAAA